CGCUCCACGGUGCCAUAUGUCAGUCGGUAGAAGAUCGUCAGUAAGGUAGAGUGAGUGGUGGAACCUUUCACAAGUUUCAACAUGACGGACUGGGACUGGGAAUCAGAGAGGGUUUUCCUCCCGUUCUAUCCGAGUUUCCAAAACGACAGGUUCCAGAAUAUUUCAGAGUACAACUUCACGUACGGGUUUCGACCAUGGUUGACUCCGGGACUGUACCUAAACAGCAGCAUAACGUCCUCGGACUUGAACAACACUCAUGCUCCGGUCCACGUCCCCAUUGCCAUCAUUCUCUCCAUACUGUGCGCCUGCGGGACGCUGGGGAACCUUCUGGUUACCGUUGUGAUGAUCAGGAAGAAGCAGAAGAAGUCCCCGUCGUAUUUCAUCCUCAACCUGGCUAUCAUGGACGGAGUGGCGUCCGCCAUCUUGAUUCCGCUCGAAGUGAAGGCCUCGCUCACGAUGUUCAACCUCUUCGCGAACGUGGAGACUUGUAGGCUGUUCAAGUGGUUCGAAUGUGCCGCUAUGCUCACGUCUACUUUCAUAACAGUCGCCAUCGCCGUGGACAGGUACCUGGCGAUCUGCAGGCCCUUCAAGUACGCCUCGUCCAAGAUACUAGCGGUGAACAGGGCCAGGAUAGCGGCCGCCAGCUCGGUCGCGCUGGGCAUGGUCCUCCCGUUGCCGAUACUGCCGUGCUACGACUUCUUCCACGUCAGCGACAAGAUCAACUUCUGUGAACUGAAGUAUGACGGAGUCUGCAAGUACUUCGUGGCCUGGUACCAGCCGGUUAUCGUCCUGCUCUGUGUUGUCAUCGUGAUUGUUUUGUACACGAUUGUUUACCUUGACAUUCGCAGAACUAGACGGAGAUUGUCGACAAAGGUAGGCGCCGCCGUGGUCAGCAACUCAAGAAGGCCAUCGUCGAUACAGAACUUUCAAGCGGAAAAUUUGACAAAGAAAAGGCCGAGUCUGUCCCCUCUUGGCGCUGGUAACAACUACAGGACGGUCAAACUUUUCGUUCUCGUAACUUUUGUCUUCUUCUUCACCUGGCUGCCGUACUGCAUCCUGAACCUCAACUUGGGAUAUCUCUUCUUCACGACCACCACGCAACUGUCCAUCACCUUGUUUGAGAUAGUCAGCAAACUGUACCUGUUAAACUUCAUCCUCAACCCAUUCAUCUACGCCUUUGUCAACAAAUCCUUCAGGAAGGACUGUAAACAGUUGUUUACGUGUAGAUGUAGGAGGCAGAGGGAGCAGGGGACUGACAGGAGACGAGAGAUUUACACCAUAGAUCGCCUGAACUGCUGUGAUUCGCGAUCGAAGCAAAAUGAAGUGGAAGCCGUAUAGCUGCACACAAGUCUUUUGUGUACUGACAGUUUGAAACUUUCACAAAGAAGAACUCUCAAAAACUAGAACGAAAUGGACUGUGUUGAAGUCCUAAACAUUUGUAUCUAACAUUUACAACCUCUGCAUU